UCUUCCAGUCUUACGUCUCCGUAAUGUCAAAUAAUGAAAUCUAAUAAACAAAUCUCUAUUAAAAUAAAAAUGCUUAAUAUAUGGCUAUUGUUGCUUUUCAUAAACUUAGCAUCUUCGCGAAGUACAAGUGGAUAUUCUUUCAACAGAGUGAAAAGGACUGAUAUUGACUUGUCAACAUGCAUAGACAAUUUUGAUAUCCAUAAAGAUAAUAUUAUAAGGACACAAGAUUCUCAAAAAAUGGGCGCUAUAUACUUAAAUGCAAUCGAUCUAGGCUCUAGACAAGAGUGUUUGAGGCUCUGUUGUGAAACAGAGAAAUGUGAUGUUUUUGUUUAUGAAGAUAAGAAUUCCGGUAGUUGUUACCUUUUCCACUGUGGCCCACCUGAGGAUUUCAAAUGCAAAUUCACCCAUCACGUUAAUUACUCAAGUGCUGUUUUGGCGAUAAAUAGACAUAUACCAGAUCUAGAGAGCCAGAUUAAGCUUACGAAGCAUGAACAAGAUUUAACUAAAUUAAGGCGUACUGAUAAUGAUCCGGAAUCAGCACCUCAUAUCUCAGAAGACAAAGCUCCUGUUUCCAUCACUUCGAGUACAACAAUGAAGACUAAUGAAAAUCCACCAGAUCGGAAAGAAGUGGUUAAAGAAAACAAAUGCAGCAGAUACCAGUUUGAAUGUCGUUCAUCGAAGGAAUGUAUUGCCAUUUACAAUGCUUGCGAUGGCAUCCCUCAGUGUUCAGAUGGAAGUGAUGAGGCUCCUGAGUUGGGUUGCCCUGAGCUGUCCACGCCCACAUCAUUACAGCCUCAAAGAACUGGGGUCAAUAGGAUUAUCCCAGUACAGAAAAAUUAUGAUAAAAACGUUGUACCAAUGAAAAAUCAAGAUCUACCUCCUCAACUAGAAAUGUAUCAUCCACCACCCCCAAGAGCAGAAAUAAUUCCAGAUGAACAAGUAGCUCCCGCCAACAACCCUGAUUUUUUGAGGCCUCUUUCCCAGGAUCAACAAUCCUCUCAAAGAUCGCCUCCCUAUCUAGGAUCACAAGGAUACAGCCCUCAAGUCCCCCAAAUUGGCUGGAACUCCCAUCAGACAAAUCAAAUACCAUAUCCAAUACAACCAGCUUAUCCUGGUAAACAAGGUAAGAUCAGCCAUAUAUUCAAUCACAAGGAGAACGGCCUACAGGUCCCAGAAGCUGAAAUCAGGUAUAAUAGAUACAAAGGGGCGAUGCAUUACUUACAGCAUACUUUGGGGAAUCAGAAAGAGAUAGAAACUAAAGGUGCAUAUCCAGACAAUGCGAAUUACCCAAAAGUCUUGAAUUAUUUUGGUGAUACUUAUGGACCCCCAAUGGACUCGUCCAAUUGGGUCAACGCUCAUCAAGGAGAUUUGAGAUACCCAGCGAACUAUAAUCAAGAUACUGCUUUUCUGAAAAACAAUAGGCCAAUUUCGAAUCAGCAAGAGAACUCAGAGCACGUCCAGAUGGAAAUGGCACAUGAGCUGAAGCAUUCCAAAGAUGUGCAUGCGCAAGAGUCGCAAAAAGAUAUUAAAAUCAAAAUUGUGGAAAAAACGACAACUUCCAAAAAGGAUGAUUAUCCUGACGUAGUAGCUUAUAAAAUGGAUGGAAAUGACGGAAUUUCUCAAACUCCAGGUGGAGCAGUUUUAUCCCUCACACUAGGCCUCAUGAUAACCUGCAUAAUGGCUGUGAUGAUCGUUUGCCGAGUAAGGAUUGUAAAAAGAAGAACCAGAAAAAGUGGAAAAGGAUACGCCCACGACGCUGACUACUUGGUGAACGGGAUGUACUUGUAAAUCAUAUGUAAUUAUUGAAAAUUGUUAAGGAUUGGCAUGAUAGUGACAUUUGCCUAUGGUAAAUGAUUUUAUACAGAAAUUUUGUAAAAAUAAUUCUACAAAUUUCUUAUACUCAGUGCAGAUUGAUUGUCACUUUGGAAACGAGUAUAUUCUUGAAAGAAUGUUACCGACCUACAUAACUCUCUUUAGUCCAAACUUGUUUAUCUUAGUCCAAAUAUGUCAGCAUGGUUCCAUUUGGACAAGUGAAUACCAACUUGUUUUGGAUUUCACUCACUGAUUUCACGAAUUUAAUUUGAACUACACAUGAAUUACUGCCAUUGAGUAGGUAGGUACAUCUUCAACUGAAUUUUUUACAGCCGGAUGUUCUACAAUCAAGACGGCUAUUGAAAUGGCCUAAUUAAAUUGUCUACAACUUUAUUCAGCCAAUUCUUCUCAAAGUUGUUAUCAGAAACUUCUAGUAUUCAUAUCUAUUUGUCUUUGACAAUAAAACAAAUGUUAAAUGUGAGGCAAAACUUAUUUUAAUCUCAAAAAAGCACGUAGGUACACAUGGUUUAAUUAAUUAAAUAAAAAUCAAAUAAUCUUGUGCCUAAUAUUAAUUUCCUUAAUGAAUUCCGUUUUAAAGUUGGUUAAUAUUUUCGAUGGCUUUACUUUUGAAAGUGAACGUACCAUAAAACAAGUACAUAUAAUAAAGUAAUUUGUUAUUGAAACGUUGCCCUAAGAUGAACCAGUUUGGCACUAAGACAUGUAAUCUCUUUUAAUUUACUACUUUUAUUUAUUAAUUUGUGAGUAAAUAAUGAGCUUCUAUUAUUCAGAACAAUAUUACCUUAAGAUACAUUUUUGUAUUAUUAACUAUUCGGUCAGUGUUCGUUAUCUGUCAUAAAAAUAUUUGAUUAAUCUGUAGAAAAUAUGAAUAAAAAAUGUUUUUUUCACUCAGUUGUACAUCCAAAUAAUUACCUAGCAAUUUGGAUGUACAACUUGGUAAAAAAAAUUGUUUCCCUGUAUGAUUAGUUUUAUGAAAUUAAACCAUAAUUAUAAUAUGUUAUAAGCAGCAUUUUCAUUUUAUCAUUUCUUCGCGGAAAUUUAUUACAGAAUUGAUGUUAUGUACAAUUAUUCAGUAGAAAGAAACAGAUAGGUUAUCGCCACAUCACUCAGGCCUAUGGCAAUGGCACUGUACGAAUCAGAUUGUUCUCUGUUUUCCUAUUUUUGAUAUUCAGUGUUGUAAUUCAAAUGUUUGAGUUUUAACUCGAGUGUGCAGCCGUUGAAAAUGUUCGAGUAUCGCAUUCGCGGAAAGAUAAUUGAGCAUUGUAGAUGUAGAGAAUCAAGACUAUAAAUUCACACCAAAAUGUACGUUGGGAAAAAUGAUGUACCUAUAAUUCAAUUUUUUCCACAAAACAUCGAAAUAAAGUAUA